AGGAGGAGGAGGAGUAGGGGACGGAGGCGGAAGUAAACGGAAGCGAAGGCGAAGAGGUAGAAGAAGAAGAAGAAGAGAGCGUGCAAGUAUAAGAGUAAGCCUGGAGGUGAUAGGGGCGAGGAGUAGGGACCGAUGAGCGCGGGGGGGGAUGGGGGCUCGGGGUUGGGCCCCCCUGAGCUGCCGGGGGCCCAGCCGACUGCCGCGACCCCCCCCAUCCUCGGGCAGCACCGGAACCCCCAAUCUGGCCAGGACGGACAGCCAGCUACAGCACUGUCGCAAACGGGCCAGACACUCGGGACCAACACCGGUGCCGCCAAAUCCGCAACCAAGAGGCCGGCUCGAAGGGGCGGUAAACCUCCGCCCGAUAGGCCUGUCAGGGCCCUUUUUUGUCUACCCCUCAAGAAUCCUCUGCGAAAAAUGUGCAUCGACGUCGUCGAAUGGAAACCUUUCGAGUGGCUUAUUCUCAUGACGAUAUUCGCGAACUGCGUUGCCCUGGCAGUCUACACACCAUACCCGUUCGGUGAUUCUAAUUUGACCAACCAAUAUUUGGAAAAAAUAGAGUAUAUAUUUCUUGUGAUUUUUACGGUCGAGUGCGUGAUGAAGAUCAUCGCUUACGGUUUCGUGGCUCAUCCUGGAGCUUACCUUCGGAACGGAUGGAACAUAUUAGAUUUCUCGAUAGUAGUCAUAGGAAUGGUGAGCACGGUGUUGUCGAUACUAAUGAAAGAAGGCUUCGACGUGAAAGCGCUGAGGGCUUUUCGAGUAUUACGACCCCUUAGGCUGGUUUCCGGAGUACCGAGUCUUCAAGUGGUCUUAAACUCUAUUUUGAGAGCGAUGAUACCCCUUCUACAUAUCGCUCUGCUCGUUCUAUUCGUCAUCAUUAUUUACGCUAUCAUUGGCCUCGAGCUGUUCUCUGGCAAAAUGCAUAAAACAUGCAGGCAUAAUGUGACUGACGCGAUAAUGGAAGAGCCAGUUCCUUGCGGAGACGGCGGCUUUCAGUGCGACAACGUUGGGCCCGAUUACUAUUGUAGCAAACAAUUUUGGGAGGGUCCAAACUGGGGUAUCACGAAUUUCGACAACUUUGGCCUUGCCAUGUUGACGGUCUUCCAAUGUGUCACGCUCGAGGGUUGGACGGACGUACUUUAUAGCAUCGAAGACGCGAUGGGAAGCUCGUGGCAAUGGAUCUAUUUCAUUUCUAUGGUCAUACUUGGAGCUUUCUUCGUGAUGAACCUGAUUCUCGGUGUGCUGUCCGGCGAGUUCUCUAAAGAGAGAGAGAAAGCAAAGGCGAGGGGUGACUUCCACAAACUCAGGGAGAAGCAACAAAUCGAGGACGAUCUGAGGGGUUAUCUGGAUUGGAUCACGCAGGCGGAGGACAUCGAGCCGGAAACCGACGAGCCGAAAAUGCAAGACGGCAAAUCGAAACAGCAAAGCGAGAUGGAGAGCACGGAUCAGCUGGAGGGUGACGAGGAAGGAGUUCAACAAGAAUCCGUGUGGAGGAGAAAAAAGCGGGACUUUGAUAGAGUGAACAGGAGAAUGAGAAGGGCCUGUAGAAAAGCCGUCAAGUCGCAGGUUUUCUACUGGUUGAUCAUAGUAUUGGUUUUCCUGAACACCGGAGUUCUGGCGACCGAACACUACAAUCAACCGCAUUGGUUGGAUGAUUUUCAAGAGAUCACGAACAUGUUUUUUAUCGCGCUGUUCUCCAUGGAGAUGAUGCUGAAGAUGUACAGUUUAGGAUUUCAAGGUUACUUUGUCUCGCUGUUUAAUCGUUUCGAUUGCUUCGUGGUGAUCGGCUCGAUCACCGAGAUGAUCCUUACGAACACACAGGUGAUGCCACCCUUAGGCGUCUCCGUUCUCCGUUGCGUCCGAUUACUCAGGGUAUUCAAAGUGACAAAAUAUUGGAAGUCGCUGUCGAAUUUGGUGGCUUCUCUGUUGAAUUCGAUACAGUCGAUCGCGUCUCUGUUGCUUCUACUCUUCCUCUUUAUAGUGAUCUUUGCUCUUCUCGGCAUGCAGGUAUUUGGUGGAAAGUUCAAUUUUAGCGAGUUACAGGACAAACCUCGUCACAAUUUCGACAGUUUCUGGCAAAGUUUGUUGACGGUGUUUCAAAUAUUGACAGGCGAGGAUUGGAACGCCGUAAUGUACGAUGGUAUCAGAGCUUACGGAGGCGUAGCCAGCUUCGGCAUGCUUGCCUGUUUUUAUUUCAUCAUUCUGUUUAUAUGCGGUAAUUAUAUUCUACUGAACGUCUUCUUGGCCAUCGCUGUCGAUAACCUCGCGGAUGCCGAGUCAUUGACUGCCAUCGAAAAGGAAGCCGAAGAAGAGGCCAAGAAGAAUAAAUCUCACAGUGCCUCGCCAGCUAGGGACGAAGAGAGCGGGGAACAGGGUGACGGUGGCGAAGGAACAGGUGGAGAGGACGAAGGUGGUGGCACGGAUUUGGAACAUGAUCCGAACGAGACGAUGGAAGAUUACGAGGCAGCUUUGGACACGGAAACGUCGGAAAAGAGCGAAGACAUGAAUACUCACGCGAAAGUACGGCUGAAUAUAGAAGAGUCCGACGAAGAGGUGGAGGAAGAAGAGGAAGUCGAACAAAACGAGAUGCACGACGACGGUACGGAACAAGGUGUGUCAGCCAGACCACGGAGAAUGUCCGAGUUCAAUAUGGCCACGAAAAGGCAACCGAUUCCCCCUGCAUCGGCAUUUUUCAUUUUCUCACAAACGAACAGGAUUCGCGUGUUCUGUCAUUGGCUCUGCAAUCAUAGUUAUUUUGGCAACGUGAUUCUCGUUUGUAUCAUGAUAUCAUCGGCAAUGUUGGCCGCCGAAGAUCCGCUGAGCGCUUCGUCUUAUAGAAAUCAGAUAUUACUGAAUUUCGACUAUUUUUUCACCACAGUGUUUACGAUCGAGAUUUGGUUGAAAAUGAUCUCGUACGGUUUUAUCAUACACGACGGCGCUUUCUGUCGAUCGGCGUUUAAUUUGCUCGAUCUGUUGGUCGUUUGCUCUUCUCUCAUUUCUAUGUCUUUCAGUUCCGGUGCAUUUUCCGUAGUGAAGGUGCUUCGUGUGUUGCGCGUUCUCAGACCUCUGCGUGCCAUCAAUCGUGCCAAGGGAUUAAAGCACGUAGUACAGUGCGUCAUCGUAGCGGUAAAGACUAUCGGAAACAUAGUCCUCGUCACCAGCCUCCUGCAGUUCGUGUUCGCCGUCAUUGGCGUACAACUGUUCAAGGGUAAAUUUUUCUUAUGUACCGAUGCAUCGAAAAUGACGAAGGACGAGUGUCAGGGUACAUACCUCGAAUUUGAGAACGGUAACAUUAAUAAACCGGUGAUGAAGGAGAGAAGUUGGUGCCAGAAUCGUUUCCACUUCGACGACGUGGCGAAAGCGAUGCUCACCCUUUUUACCGUAUCAACGUUCGAAGGCUGGCCUUCAUUGCUAGACGUGUCGAUCGACUCUAACAAGGAGGAUCACGGACCAAUUCAUAAUUUUCGGCCGAUAGUCGCCGCGUACUACAUCAUUUACAUCAUUAUCAUAGCAUUCUUCAUGGUCAACAUCUUCGUUGGUUUCGUUAUUGUCACUUUCCAGAAUGAGGGUGAGCAAGAGUACAAAAACUGCGAGCUCGAUAAGAAUCAGCGGAAUUGCAUCGAGUUCGCGUUAAAGGCUAAACCAGUGCGACGAUACAUACCGAAGCAUCGAAUACAGUACAAAGUAUGGUGGUUCGUCACCUCACAACCGUUCGAGUAUACAAUUUUCACUCUGAUCAUGAUCAAUACCGUCACGCUGGCAAUGAAGUUCUACCGGCAACCGGAAAUCUACACGGAAGCGUUGGAUGUUCUCAACAUGAUCUUCACCGCUGUCUUUGCCCUCGAAUUCAUCUUCAAACUUGCGGCAUUUCGAUUUAAGAAUUACUUUGGCGAUGCUUGGAACGUGUUCGAUUUUAUCAUCGUGCUUGGAAGCUUCAUCGAUAUCGUUUACUCGGAAGUGAACCCCGGCUCGACCAUCAUUUCCAUCAACUUCUUUCGACUAUUCCGCGUGAUGCGUUUGGUCAAGUUGCUGAGCAGAGGGGAAGGUAUCAGAACGCUACUCUGGACGUUUAUCAAAUCCUUUCAAGCUCUGCCCUACGUAGCCCUUCUCAUCAUAAUGUUGUUCUUCAUUUACGCUGUGAUAGGAAUGCAGGUAUUUGGAAAAAUUGCAAUCGACGACGACACGUCGAUAGACCGAAACAAUAACUUCCAGUCGUUUCCGCAAGCGGUGUUGGUGUUAUUUCGAUCGGCUACAGGAGAGGCUUGGCAAGAGAUUAUGAUGGACUGUUCGGCGCAACCGGGCAAAGUGAUGUGCGAUCCGAAUAGCGAUGAAUUCAACAACCAAAAUGGCUGUGGAUCCGACAUUGCAUUUCCCUACUUUAUAUCUUUCUACGUUUUAUGCUCUUUCCUUAUCAUCAAUCUCUUCGUCGCCGUGAUCAUGGACAAUUUCGAUUACUUGACGAGGGAUUGGUCGAUCCUGGGUCCGCAUCAUUUGGACGAGUUUAUUCGUCUCUGGUCCGAGUACGAUCCUGACGCGAAAGGUCGCAUCAAGCACCUGGACGUGGUCACACUGCUGAGAAAGAUAUCACCGCCUUUAGGUUUCGGUAAACUCUGCCCUCAUCGUGUCGCGUGCAAAAGGCUGGUCUCGAUGAACAUGCCGUUGAACAGCGACGGCACGGUUUUGUUCAACGCGACCCUGUUCGCCGUGGUGAGAACUUCGCUGCGAAUCAAAACCGAGGGUAACAUCGACGAUGCGAACUCCGAGCUCAGAGAAGUGAUCAAAAAGAUCUGGAAAAGGACCAGCCCGAAACUGUUGGAUCAAGUGGUGCCACCGCCAGGAGGCGACGACGAAGUAACCGUUGGUAAAUUCUACGCGACCUUCCUGAUCCAGGACUACUUCCGAAGAUUCAAGAAGCGCAAGGAGCAAGAGAUGAAAGACGGCGAUAAAGAGUGUCACAACACGGUUACGCUUCAGGCCGGACUGAGAACCUUGCACGAAGCUGGACCCGAGUUAAAGAGAGCCAUUUCUGGGAACUUGGAAGAACUUUUGGACGACAAUCCGGAGCCUAUGCACAGGAGAAAUCAUUCGCUGUUUGGAAGCGUGUGGUCGAGCAUGAGAAAGGGACAUCACAGUUUCAAUCGAGCUAGGUCGUUGAAAGUAAAUUCAACGACUAAGGCGUCUCCGACGAAUUCCAUCGAUUUCCUGCCGUACUCGUCGCUUCAGAGAACAGGCGGUCCCGACGCACCGAACCAAAUAACCGCGAGGUCUCAUCAAGUUGUGCCAAACGUAGCGGGUGGGCUAAGCGACAGCGCGAUGAAUCAAAUGGGAAUCGAUGCGAAGCUCACGGGCAUAGAGGAGAAUAUUCCUCUGAGACCGUUGGCCGGGUUCGGGAAUCCCGUCCAGCAACAAUCAACCACCUAUCAUCCCUCUUACAAAGUGGUCGAUGUUCAGGACGGAAUCGAGCGGCAGCUGACCCCACCAACGCCACCGCCAAGAAGGAACCCACCCUUGUCCGCCGAACCAGCCAUCGUACUACUAUCGUCCAGCAAGUCCGCCAGCGCAACGCCGUCGAUCGCCACGUGCACCAACACCUCGACUGCCACCACCAGCCCGAGUUCCAACGGCACCUCUUCCUCCAAUGGGACCCGCUGUUAUUAUUCCUACGCCACUCGGCCUUGCUGCGUCGAUUGUGCCGUCUGGAGUAAUCACGCAGCCAUAGAUCGCGAGGACGGUGAUUCGUCAGCGGGAAGCGAGUUCAGCGAGUCGGAUGGGUCAAGAGGGUCGGAAGGAUCCGAAGAAAUAGGAUCGGAUGAGGGAGAAGAGGUUGGAGCUGGAGGAGGCAGAGGUGAAGGAGAGGGAGGAGGGUCAGGAGAGUCUAGCAGUUGGAGCGACUCGGAGAAAUUAGGACGUCGAGGAGGAUCCCUGAGGCAGGAGAUUGGCGCGGCGUCUCGGUCUCGGGCUCGUGGUCGACGCGGAUUGAGCUCGUUGGUCGGCAAGUCGGCGCCGUCGAGUUUCCGGAAACGUGACCCGAAUGGCGGUGGACAAUCGAGCAGCUCGACUACGUCCGCGAGUACCGGGUUCGCGCAAAGCGUCGCCAACGGGCUGAAACUAGCUCAGACACAGGCGAUCGCCGUUGCCGGAUUCCUCGCCGACGUCGACGAUUCGCGCCACGAUCGCGUCUGCGCCUCCUGUCUGUCGCAUCGAGCUUACCAAGGCAGAGUGUCCUGGGCCGGAGAGAGUAACGGAAGCAUCGGCGCAGAGCGCCUGUCCCACAGUUUGCCGGGCAGUCCUGCGGACCGGAAGCCUAACUUCGAGGUCAUCGGAAGCGCCGAGAGUCUAGUCGGUCGGGUUCUGGUGGAACAAGGACUGGGCAAGUAUUGCGACCCAGAGUUCGUCAGAUACACGUCGCGAGAGAUGCAAGAAGCGCUGGACAUGACGCGCGAAGAGAUGGAUCGAGCUGCUCAUCAGUUGCUUCUGCAAGAACGUCGAGGACAACCGCUUUCCUACCAGUUACAGCAAGGACCGGAGCAACCGUGGACUUUACCGGGCUACCAACAGAUGCAGCCGUCGACAGGUAUCGGCUAUCAACCGCUACAGGAGCAACAACCUACUACUGGUUCGCGACAGUACCGACCAUAUUAUCGAGGCGCCGGCGCCAGCCCCGGCACCGCUACCGGUCAAGCGACACUCUCGGAUCCAGCCACGCAACAACAGCAACCUCCACCAUCUUAGCGACACGACCACCAUCUUGUCGACCGUGUUCCUAGUUCGUUCAUCUAGCACCGAUCGCCGGAACGAGCUUCGCCCUCGCUGUUACUCCGAGCAAAGGAUGAUGAUUAUUUUCGGAGGAAACGCAGCGAGAAUAGAGGCUGACGCAAGCAAUAAAGCGACGAGAGCAACGAGCGGGUCGUUUUUUCGCGAGCGUUGUCGGAAGAGAAAAUUGUUCGCACGGUCCUCGAACGAAUGGCCGAAAUAGACGAGAGGGGACGAAGGGAAUUCGCUGGAAACGGAAGCGCGGACGAUUAAUCCUUACACAUUGCUCUCGUUCGUAUCGUAAACAUUUAUUCCUUCGAUUACCGUUGUUUAGAAUAAUUGAACUCAUUAUUAUUGCUCUUCGUACGACGGAUUCUAGACGAGAUAACAAGUGCCUAAGUAUCUGUAACUUCUUUCGGACCAGAGAAGACUUUUAUCAACUUAGACAAAGUACCAUUGUCGCGAAUUACCAAACAAGUUGCGUGUCGAGUGUGUACGCUAUUAUAUUGUAACUAUACAUAUAUAUAUUAUAUAUAUAUUAUAUAUAUAUAUUAUUGUUCGUAUAAUAUAACUGUACAUAUACGUUGAUGCGCGAGAAUGAAUGGCCGAUAAACGUAAAUUGCCGCGAGUUUCGUUUCUACGUCCAAGUGUAUGCAUGAUCGGCCAAAAAAGCUCGCUCACGAUUAACCCUUUCGUUACGAACGAGUUCGAACUAAAAGUUUCGAACGAUUUUCGUAACGAACGAGUUGAUCGAGACGAUCGAACGAUGCUACUCUGGAUGACGCAGCUAAUCCUACGUAUUCCUUCGGAACCAUGUAAGUACUUACCCGGGAUACGCUUGCUCGUAUUCUCUUCUACGUUUCGGUACUUUUCGCGAAUUUUCGUACGGUAUUACCUCUCUGAAAGACACGAGCUUAGCUCCUUGGCUCUUGAAGAGAAAGAUAUUCGUUUGUUGUCGCUAGCUAUACCUACAGCUUUUAGAAAACGACGCGAUACUCGCUCAGAAAGGUAGUACCCUACGUCGCGAUCUUUCCUAUCCUCAUCCAUUCCCUCCCACUUUCCUAUCCCCAUUUUAGACUGGAUUUUUACGAAUUGCGUCCCUACGAAAUUUCCAUUCGUAUAUUCUUGUAGCCGUGAGAGUAAUGCGUGCAAGUACGGAAGAGAGAAAGAGGAAGUGAGCGAGAAUGAAGAAGAAAGAGAGAGGAAACAUCACGCAUACACGUAUGUACGUUCUUCUACGUAAGAAGCAAAUCUCGAUUUCGAUCGCGAUACGCUCGACGAACAAGUCGGUCAGGAGUGGUAAUCGUUCCUUUCCACGCACAAAUUUUAUUCGCGACAGGAACGAGGAUGGCUCUGAUACGCGAAGCUGAUCGCGCAAUAUCCCUUGUUCGAUCGUCACGCAUCGAAUGCGCGACAAGUGAUCGAAGAAAAGUGGAAGAUAUUCGAUUGCCCGAUUUUCUAAAUGUUCCCUUGUCGAUCGAAUUAGUUUAUUCAGCCCGAAUAGUGAAAACAUUUUUUACGCCUUUUACUCGUACAUCGAGACUCUAGAGAUUCGAGUUUAUUCUCUGGGAAUGCGAUCGCAAACGAACAAGCAUCAACUGAAAUGCGCGCGAUAAAAAAAUUCUAAUUCGAAAACGUGCAAUCAGCUUCCGACGUUCUUUAUUUCCAAACACGUGCAACACGGAAACCGGAAAUGUUGCGGAUGCGAUUGCAGAAAGCGCCGAAUAUUUUUUAGAGAAAAUUCGAAACAAUCAGCGUGAAAUUUUUCGUGUACUCAAGAAUGACGUCGACAAUAAUUUUAAUCGAUGACAUUUACAGAAUCACGUUUCUCUGAAAUUUCUGUCGGCGCUUUCUUCGUUUUAAACGCUUCCAUUAUCGAGCGAUCGGCUUUCCCGCUUUGCGUUUCAAAUACCAGCGAGAUUUAUAGUUCGAUCAACGAUAGUCUACCUUGGCUGUCGAUCGAUCGAAUUCCCAGAACGUUUUUCGAUUCGAUUUACUUUUUCCUGCGCGCGCAGCUACGUUUCAAGAUGGACGAUCGAUCUUUUUAGACGUAUAUGUAGUAGUACGUGGCGUAAAUGUAUGCAUUCUUGUAAAGCGUAAGAAUGCUGUUCGGAGAGCCGCGGUCGACGCGAGCCCUUCGCCACCAAGGGAACCAAAGCAAACUAAACGAUAUUUCAAAGAAACGAACAAAUCGACGGACGCGUCUUUGAACAUUUUCUCUUAUAGGUACGGAUAAUAUAGGUAGGUGGUGUGUGUGAGGAGCCGGCAUGGCAAUGGCGGCGAGUAGCAGUGCGCAUGUGCGUGCGCGCCAUUUCGUCGAAAGAAACGAAUCGACGAAACGGAAGGAAAGAAAAGAAUUUGUACAAAACUAACGAUACACCUGCCGAUAAGUUGCGCACGAGAUGUUAACAAUCGUCCUACUAACGAUAUUCGCGUAUACGUGUGUAUAGUCGACCUUUCGUAUUCGUUUUUUCCAGCGUCUUUUUAACAAUUAUGUAUUUGUCUAUAGCGAUCUUUUUAUACUGUUGUAAAGUGGCGUUUACACCGAUCCGUAGAAUAUACGCGUAGAGGAAAUGUUCUUACCUACCUUUAAAUCGUAAUAUUGUAUUGCAGAGGGUGCACGGGACAUCGAUGCUGUCCAAAUAGUUUUUAACACACGCGGUUUAGGAAGACCAAAAUUUUCUACGUUACGAGACUGACGACUACCGAUACGCGUAUGACCGACUGGUACACACACGAAAUGAAACGAACGACGCGAAACUCCUGAAUAACCGGUCCUUUCAAUGCCUUCCUUCGGUCUCGAUAGAUAACCUGUCCACUUCAACGUAAUCGUCGCUCGUCUCACCACUUGUAAACACUUCGUAUACCAUACACAAACGAUAUCGGCGAUUUUGAAAUGUUUCAACCGUUUAGCGAAUGGAUGAAACGCUCACUGCGCAAGAUUCGCGUUCGUAAUGGUAAAAAACGCGCGCACGUGACGUACACGUCGACGAGCCACCUGGUAACUAAAUCAGAAAUUAAUCAGCAUUGUCACGAUAACCGAAAAAUUAAAUGUUUGUUUUUCUUUUCAACUAAUCGACAAAGUCGUAGAUUUAUUAUCUUGAAAUCUUAACGUACACAAGGUUAAAGUAUGCUUGCAAAUUUUACGGAAAUGCCGGAGAUCUAUUACGGAACGACGCAAUCAGUUGCUUACCAGUUGAAAGCGCGGCAAAUUCGAAACGUUCUUUUCAAACGAAAUUCGUAAAUCUUGCUCGACGAUGCGUUUUUAUCCGUGCUAUCGAAUUUCUGGCACAGCAUUGGCACUCACACACGCUACUCGCACCGUUUAUUUUUAUUAAGACGUUCUUAUAUCGACACGAUAAUAAAACGAUGUUCGCGCAAACAUUAUCAUCGUUUUUUAGAAGACAUAUUCGAUACACUUCGAUAAAGACUCUGAAACGACUCUGAAAUUGCGUAAUCGAAAAAGGCACGAUUCCCCUUUCCUUUGAUUAUUAACAACCGUUCCGAAAAUGAACUUCCAAUUUCGUUUAAUUUCUGUUCUUUACGUUCUUACAUUCGCUAACCGUGGAAUUCUCAAUAACCGAUUAUACGAACAAUGCAGUUACGACAUCCCAAUACACGCACAAUCCAAUCGAUCGAUCGGUUAUACGUGACUCUACGGUUAAUGAGAUGAAUCGAAUAAUAAAAAAUUGAAUAUGUCAAAAAUUUUAGAAAUAUCUGGACCCUAUAUUAAUUCGGGGAAACGUGCUUCUUUUCCAUUUGAAACAACGCAUAUAUCUCGUUGAUGAAGAAAAAUAAGAAAUCCAUUAGAAAUUUUACAGCGCUAAGAUUCAGAAACCUUGAUAUGCACAACCAACAGACACGCACACGAUAAACUGCCGUUUUUCUUUUCAAUUUCUGCCCUCUCUUUGCUUCCAACUUGUUAAAAAUUUUCAACCCGUUUUCACGCGCAACUAUUGACGAUUAAUCAUCGAUACGAGAAAAGCAAAUUUAUGAGCAUUAGUUCAAUCCCGGUUCAGUCAUAACUAAAGGGUUGACACCACUGUUCAAAACAUGUUAUCUCACGUUUUCAUCGAAAUGGAAAUAUUCCCCACGGAUUGUAUACAAUUUCAGAGCACGUUUUAACGGAACCCUUGAUUUCUGUUGCACGUUGUUCAAGUUGUUCUUCAUUCGAGAAAAAGAAACGCGAUAGUUGUGCCCCUUGCAAACCCAACAGCGAAACGUUUUUGUUAUACAAACGAGUGAAGGGUUGAUCGAUCGAGCGAUGCUACAAACCGCGAGUAUACACGUACCUGUUAUUUAUAAAUAUACAAAAUCCUUUAGAAAUUCUAACAAUCAAAUACAACAAUUUACUGGAUGAAAAAAUAUACCUUGCGUUCGUCGAUCGAUCAAAUAUGUAUCGAUAAACCUACGCUCGAUACUUUGCUUCGUUUACUGAAACAAGUCGAUUAUUAAUUUUUUUUUUUUU